AAUGAAGGUGCGGCUGGGUAUCGCGAUAAGAAGGGAAAACAAACCCCAACAAAACCCUAAAACCCUGGGAAUUGCGCAUGCGUUUUGCGCACACGGCGUUCUGAACUCAGAGGCUUCCGUAGAGGGAGGAGAAACAUGGCGGCGGUUAUACUGGAACGUUUGGGUGCGUUAUGGGUGCAGAAUCUCAGGGGGAAGCUGGCCUUGGGGCUUUUUUCAUCUCACAGCAUUUUACCUCAAUCACAUAUCCACACAAGUGCUUCUCUUGAAAUAUCUCGAAAAUGGGAGAAGAAGAAUAAAAUUGUUUAUCCUCCACAACUGCCUGGAGAACCUCGGAGACCAGCUGAAAUCUACCAUUGUCGAAGACAAAUAAAGUACAGCAAAGACAAGAUGUGGUAUUUGGCAAAAUUGAUACGAGGAAUGUCAAUUGACCAGGCUCUGGCUCAAUUGGAAUUCAGUGACAAAAAAGGAGCCCAGAUAAUUAAAGAGGUUCUCUUAGAAGCACAAGAUAUGGCAGUAAGAGACCACAAUGUGGAAUUCAGAUCCAAUUUAUAUAUAGCUGAGUCCACCUCAGGGCGAGGCCAAUACCUGAAACGCAUCCGAUACCACGGCAGAGGUCGCUUUGGGAUUAUGGAGAAGGUUUUUUGCCAUUAUUUUGUGAAGUUGGUGGAAGGCCCUCCCCCUCCACCUGAGGCACCAAAGACAGCAGUCACCCACGCCAAAGAGUAUAUCCAGGAGCUUCGCAACCGGACCAUCAUUCAUGCUCUGUGAUGGGACUAUUCAGACUCCAUGGUGUAUAUAUUUUGCCAUUUAUUUCUUAAAACCAACAAAAAUUAAAGACAAAUGCUUUCUGUGAAUCGUUAUUGAAUUAUUGAAAUAUGAAGUACCACUGCUGGUUUUAUACGAAUAUUUAUAAAUCUCUGUCCAUUUCUUGAGAGCCUCUGGUUAUAUUUUAUGUAUUUGCAACUAGGAAGGGGAAAUCAGCUUUAAACAUAGUGACAGACUGUAUAAUUCAGAAGGCUUUUUUGAGUCCCGUUUGAAAGGAACGUUAGCUUUGUAGCUAGUGCCCUGCAGGUGGUAGUUUUGAUACCAGACUUGAGUAGAAUGUUGUAGGAUAAGAAAGCUUGUCCUUAUUAUUUCACUUGAUUUUCCUCUUGAGACUAAGGGAGGUAGUGGAGGGGAGCAUGCCUGCAUGUUGUUUCAGUGCAGUAUUUUGGAGCGUUCUGUGGUUCAGUUUUUCCUUUCACUGUUGGCAUUGACUAGUGGGUGAGGGUUUAUAUAACCCUUUACUGUUUUAGCUGAAACUUGAAAUUAUAGGAAUUUAUUAGAUAUAUUAAUCUAAAACUCCAAAAAUCAUUUAACUUAUAAAGUUUAUUUUCCUUA